UGUUACGUCAAAACAAUAUUAUCUGAUAACCAUACACCUCCGGCUGUUGUGUAGUUUUUACAAAAAUGGGCUAAAAUUUGAACACAGUACCAUGAAUAAAUCAUCACUCAACAUAAAAUUUCUAGUAAAAUCGCAUGUAAUUACCGUACAAAAUGACAGAUAAUCCAAAAGAAUACAAACGGCGUUCAUUGACACGAACAGAUACACGAGAGGGGCGAAGUCGCACUCGCUUCGCGAGCAUGCCGGCGCCUCCGCCGCAGACGGGGCCCAUGCCGGGUGACAACCAGCCAAACGUUGCCUACCAGCGUGUCUCCGUGCACGGCAUGCACGCCAGUGGGGUGCCUCUGGAAGACCUGGAGCGGUCAGCGUCGCUGCUGACGGAGGCGCUGAACUUACGGCGGCACUACAUGGCCCUGGCGGGACAGUCUUUCCAACCGGACCUGGGGCACGUGCUCGCCUCAAUCGACACCAACGCGCCACGCUACCAUAUCUCCAUGAACUUCAGCAAGAUACUCAAAGAGUGGGACUACGAUGCCGCUGAAACGUAUUUGCCAAAGGAAGAAACCUCUGAGGAUUUAUCGUUCCCGUUCAAUGUCCAAUCUCGCGUCUCUCACAAUCGGUCCAACACGGGAAUGCCAGUGAUCGACGAAUUGGAAUCAGAAGCAAUCACCAAACUUCCUGAGAGCAGCAGAUCCUCUGAGAGCCAAGACAGAAUUCCAACCGAACCAACACAAGAGGAGAUGGAUUCGUGGGCGUGUUUCACACCUCCCGACAAGCACUACGUGUUUCGUUGGUGUGAAGGCGUGAUGCGCGUCUACCGCAACGAGACGGACGCGGAGGCGGCUCAGCCUCUGCCUUACGAGUGCGUUUCUUUCACUAAGUACGUCGAGGACCUGGACAAGCUCUGCGAGAUGAUCACCGAUGGCCCUUUGUCGUCAUUCUGUUUCCGGCGCCUAUGCUACCUGUUUUCUAAGUUUAAGAUGCACGUGCUGCUCAACGAGAUUCACGAGCAGGCGCUGCAGAAGGCCGUGCCGCACAGGGACUUCUAUAACAUUAGGAAGGUGGACACUCACAUCCACGCGGCGUCGUGCAUGAAUCAAAAGCAUCUUCUGCGUUUUAUGAAGCGCGCGUUGCGACAGCGGCCGAGCGAGGUGGUGGCGAAGACCGGCGCGCGCACGCUCAAAUCCGUCUUCGAGGAGAUGCGCCUCGACGCACAUGAUCUCAACGUCGAUCUACUUGAUGUUCAUGCGGACCGGAACACGUUUCACCGUUUCGACAAGUUCAAUGCUAAAUAUAACCCGAUCGGCGAGAGCAGACUGCGUGAGGUCUUCCUUAAGACUGACAACUAUAUGAACGGCUUGUAUUUCGCCAGCAUAAUAAAGGAGGUUAUCGGUGACCUAUCAGAGGGCAAGUACACUUACGUGGAACCCCGGCUAUCGAUCUACUGCAAGAGAAUGGACGAGUGGGCGCGUCUGGCCUCUUGGGCGCUGCGGCAUGGCGUGCGCUCACCGCAUGUUCGCUGGCUCGUGCAGGUGCCGCGUCUGUAUGACAUAUAUCGUAACAAGAAACUCCUGAAGAACUUUCAAGAGUUCCUCAGCAACAUGUUUGAGCCGCUGUUUGAGGUGUCCAUCAAUCCCAGCUCCAACCUUGAACUGCACCAGUUUCUUACGCAAGUGAUAGGUUUCGACAGCGUGGACGACGAAUCGAAGCCGGAGAACCCUCACCCUCAGGAGUGUAUGAGGCGACCCACGGAGUGGUGCGACGAGGAGAACCCGCCCUACGCCUACUACCUCUACUACAUGUACGCCAAUAUGACUGUGCUCAACCAUAUACGCAGAGAACAAGGGAUGAACACAUUCGUGCUGCGUCCUCACUGUGGCGAGGCGGGCCCCGUAGCGCACCUUGCCGUCGGCUUUCUGCUCGCUGAGAACAUUUCGCACGGACUUAUGCUUAGGAAGUUCCCGGUGAUGCAGUACUUGUACUACUUGGCUCAGAUCUACAUCGCGAUGUCUCCUCUGAGCAACAAUUCUCUCUUCCUCCGUUACCAUCGCAACCCACUACCGGAGUACUUCGCGCGCGGAUUGCGCGUCACGCUUAGCACUGACGAUCCAUUACAGUUUCAUUUCACAAAGGAGCCACUGAUCGAGGAGUACAGCAUCGCAGCGCAGGCGUGGAAGCUGAGUUCCUGCGACAUGUGUGAACUGGCGAGGAACUCUGUUCUUAUGUCGGGCUUUCCGCACGAGAUGAAGCAGCGGUGGGUGGGCGAGCACUACCAGCGGUCGGGCGCUGCGGGUAACGACAUUACGCGCACCAACGUGCCCGACGUGCGCGUCGCCUACAGACACGAGACGUUGCUCGACGAGCUGCGCAACCUAUUCGGUGCAGCUACAGUACGACAAGAAUCUUAUGACACUUGUGUUAAGGAGCGCUACUGA